UCGGUCUUGUUCCCUUUCGUUCUUAUCCUCAUCACCACCACCUUCCUUGUGUAGAAAAAUUACACACACACACACUAAUAUAUAUAAGACUUUUAAGUUUUAAUUAGGUUUCCAUAUUUGUAUCUUCAUGAAACUCUUAUAUACUUCUUGUUUUUUCAUUAACUACACACUUUUCAUUUGUAACACCCUCCGAUAAAUAGCCCAAAACACACACACACACACAGUAAAAUCAUAUUCAUAACACCCUUUUCUCCCCCUUUUUCUUUCUCCAUUUGAAAUUCAAGAAUUCUUGGAGUUUGCUAUUUUUCUUGGUUUUUUUAUGGUAUAAAGUUCUCAACUUUAUCUUAAAAUCUUUCAUACCCAAGUUUUUGUUGUUGUAAUUAUGUUGUCAAGAUCUUGUUUCAAUUUGCUAAAUCUUGAUGAUUAUUCUGUUAUUGAUAGAGCAAGAAUUCCAAAAGUAAUGAAUGUUCCAGGAAUUAUAUCAGAUUUUGAAGAAGAAAAUAAAGAAGUGAAAAAAAAUGAGAGGAGAAUUAUUGUAGCAAAUCAGUUACCAAUAAAAGCUUAUAAAGAUGGGAAAAAAUGGUGUUUUGAAUGGGAUAAAUUUGCUUUAGAUACAUUAAUUUUGCAGCUAAAAGAUGGUUUAUCACAAGAUUUGGAGAUUAUUUAUGUUGGAUGUUUGAAAGCUGAAGUUGAAGUUGUUGAUCAAGAAGAAGUGGCGCAAUUUUUAUGGGAUAAAUUUAGGUGUGUACCAACUUUUUUAUCAUUGGAAUUAAUUAAUAAGUAUUAUCAUGGUUUUUGUAAGCAUUAUUUAUGGCCUUUAUUUCAUUAUAUGUUGCCUAUAACAUCAAGUCAAGGUGUUAGAUUUGAUAGGAAAUGUUGGUUGGCUUAUGUAUCAGCAAAUAAAAUUUUUGCUGAUAAAGUUUAUGAGGUAAUUAAUCCAGAUGAAGAUUAUGUUUGGAUUCAAGAUUAUCAUCUUAUGAUUUUACCAACUAUGUUAAGGAAAAAAUAUAAUAGAAUUAAGGUUGGAUUUUUCCUACAUAGUCCAUUUCCAUCAUCUGAAAUAUACAGAACUUUGCCUGUUAGAGAUGAGAUAUUAAGAGCUUUGUUGAAUUGUGAUCUUGUUGGAUUUCAGACUUUUGAUUAUGCUAGGCAUUUUUUGUCAUGUUGUAGUAGGAUGUUGGGUUUGGAUUAUCAAUCCAAAAGGGGUUAUAUUGGUAUUGAGUAUUUUGGUAGAACGGUUACGAUUAAAAUACUUCCGGUUGGUAUUCAUAUGGGACAGAUCCAAAAUGUUAUGUCGUUGGCGGAUACGGGGAAGAAGGCGAAGGAAUUGAAAGAGAAGUAUGAGGGGAAAAUUUUGAUGUUAGGUAUUGAUGAUAUGGAUAUGUUUAAAGGGAUUGGUUUGAAGUUUUUAGCGAUGGGACAUCUAUUGGAUCAAACGCCUCGGUUGAGAGGGAAAGUGGUUUUGGUUCAGAUUACGAACCCUCCGAGAAGUAGAGGGAGUGAUAUUCAAGAGGUUGAAGAAGAGGUUAAGAGAAUUGCUAGUGAAAUUAAUAAGAAAUAUGGGAAACCGGGGUAUGAGCCGAUUGUUUGUGUUAAUGGUCCGGUUUCAACGCAGGAUAAGAUUGCACACUAUGCGAUUUCUGAGUGUGUUGUUGUUAAUGCUGUUAGAGAUGGGAUGAAUUUGGUGCCUUAUGAGUAUACGGUUUCUAGGCAGAGCAGCGAUAAUUUGGAUAAGGCGUUGGGGAUCGAUAGUUCUGCAGCGUCACGAAAGAGUGUGAUUAUUGUUUCUGAAUUCAUUGGCUGCUCCCCGUCUCUUAGUGGGGCGAUCAGGGUUAAUCCGUGGGACAUUGAAAGUGUAUCAAAUGCUAUGUUUUCAGCAGCCACAAUGAAUGAUUCGGAGAAAGAAUUGCGCCACGAGAAGCAUUACAAGUAUGUUUCUUCUCAUGAUGUUGCGUAUUGGGCGAGGAGUUUCGAUCAGGACCUCAAGAGAGCUUGUUCCGAGCAUUUUCACAAGAGAUGUUGGGGUAUUGGCCUUGGUCUUGGCUUCAGAGUUGUCGCCCUCGGGCCUAACUUCAGGAAGCUAUCGGUAGAGCACAUUGUCUCUGCUUAUAACAGGACAAACAACAGGCUUAUCCUGCUCGAUUAUGACGGUACUAUGCUGUCGGAGGAGAGUGUGGACAAAACCCCGAGUGAAGAUGACAUCUCAAUUCUGAAUGGUUUAUGCAGUGAUCCAAAGAACGUAGUGUUUAUCGUGAGUGGCAGAGGAAAGGAUACACUUAGCAAGUGGUUCUCUCCGUGUCCGAGACUCGGCCUAUCAGCAGAACAUGGAUAUUUCACUAGGUGGAGUAAGGAUUCCGAGUGGGAAUCUCGUCCGGUAGCUGCAGAUCUUGACUGGAAAAAAAUAGUGUUGCCUAUUAUGGAGCGCUACACGGAGGCAACAGAUGGUUCGUCGAUCGAGCAGAAGGAAAGUGCCCUCGUGUGGCAUCAUCAACAUGCUGGCCCCGACUUUGGCGCUUGGCAAGCGAAAGAGCUCCUCGAUCACCUCGAGAGCGUGCUUGCUAACGAGCCAGUGGUUGUUAAAAGAGGCCAACACAUUGUUGAGGUGAAACCACAGGAUGUAAGCAAAGGUCUAGUUUUUGAGAAUCUAUUGGCAUCAAUGCAAAGCAGGGGAAAGGCACCCGACUUCGUGUUGUGCGUAGGCGAUGACAGAUCGGACGAGGACAUGUUCGAGAGCAUUGCAAGUUCUUUAGCUAAUAACUCUCUGCCUGAUAAAGCAGAAGUCUUUGCUUGCACCGUUGGGCAGAAGCCGAGUAUGGCGAAGUACUAUCUUGAUGAUCCAACUGAAGUUAUAAAAAUGCUUCAAGGCCUUUCAGCCGCUACCGCCGCAGUGCAGCUACCGCCUAAAUCUCCGGUACAUCAAUCCUCUACUGAAGUCAUUACUCCAUAGUUAGUCAUACAGCUUUUGUAUAGAAACUUUCAUAGAAGUCAGUUGAAGGAAACAUAGAUAGUUUUCAGCAAAAUUUGCAUUUCAUGACACCUUUUAGGAAUUGCAAAUUUAGCCAUUUUCUUGGUUCAUAGUUUACUCUAUGACUUGCUUGGGUAGUUAUACUCGGUGUAGUUAAAGGUUCUUAAAGGUGAAAGUAGUACAUUUUUUGGUAAAUUUUAUACACGGUCAUUUGGAUCUUUGGCA